UUAGUUCCAAAAAGUUUUUAACGCAUUAGCAUGAUGAUGAUAAAGUCUUUGAAGUUAAUUAGCGUACUUGGAUGUAUAGCAGUAGCUUGUGCUUCACCUACAGCUGAGAAAAAAGGACUGACUUUUGAAGCUGAUCCUGUUGGAUAUGUUAAACAGUACAUCGCCGGGUUUUUAGAUACGUUUUUAAACACCGAUAAUUAUGAGAUUUCAGAUGAUAUAAAAGUAUCAAAAAAUUCAUACAGAUUAAAUGAUGCUUCGAGACGAAACGUUGAAGACUAUGAACAGAAAAUUGAGGACUACGUUAAGACCCAUGAUGUACAUUUUAGCCUUCCAGCGAUUGGGUCUGUUACAGUUGGAACUCAAAACCUAGAUGAGGAUGAGCUAGAUGUCAAAUUAAAUUUUGGUUCUGAUGUUCAAGAAGCACGAAAAUCAAAACUAAAGAAAAUCUUUAUUCCUAUCUUGGUGUUCGUACUUCUAAAAGCUAUGACCUUAGUGCCUCUUGCCCUUGGAAUCCUUAGUUUAAAGGCUUGGAAUGCACUUCAACUUUCCUUCUUCUCCUUCGUUAUUGCUGUCGGACUAGCUAUUUUCCAGCUUUGCAAGAAAAUUGCUGUUGAUCAUGCCGCGGGACAACUAUCAGCUCAUGAAGCUUGGCCAGCUCAGCAGUAUUACGCUGCUAGGUCUUUAACGAAUCCACAGGAAAAUUACAUAUCCUUAGAUAAAGAGCCUCAGCAACUAGCCUAUUCAGCUUAUACAUAAAUGAAAAUAAAUAUUUUUUGCAAAUAAAA